AUGAGUUUUCAAUUUCCUAAUCAAUAUUUACCGCAAGGGAAUUUUACAGUUUGUUAUGGUUCCGCUAUGGAAAGCAUUCGACGUGUACCAGGGACACUUACAGUAGCGGCUGCCAAUCCCUCCUACUUUACGACAUCAUCUGCAAGUAGUUUCACAAAUCAGGAUUCAAAUGUUACUUUAACUGUGGUGGGAACCGGGCUUGGUGUGAAGGAUGAAAUUUUUAUGCUUACAAGUAUUGGAUACACCUGUCAUGAUAUUCGAAAGGGAGAGUUUCAGGGUAAUGAUACGCUGCGAGAGUGGUUUAAACCAAGUUUCUUUCCUGGCACACUUGAAGUAAAUAGUACAGGAACAGGUGUAUCAUGGGUCGUCUCAAAUCGCGAUAGACGCUUUAAUGGAAAUAUUCUUUCCGAACCCACCUUGUGUGAUAAUCCUGGUAAAAAUUGCACAAUGCAACUUUGUUAUAAGCGAAAUGAGGCUACAUGGGCACCUGUUCCUAUUCAAACCCCACCAAAGGUUAGUUUACUUCCAUCAGAUCCAUCAAGUGCAUUCUUUGAUAAAUACCCAAUUGCAGUAGGAAUGUAUUCCAGUGUUACGGUUGUUGGUCGUGGACUAAGUGAGACAGAUGUACUAACUGUACGAGCGAAUACUUGUGCUGGUGAUCCAGUGACUGUUUCAGUAGGAACUGCAACAGUGAAUGAAAGUGGAACUGAGUGGAUUGGUGUAGUACGCUUUAUUGGGGAUGGGGCAAUAAAUUAUGCGGUGUGUUAUACCCGUGGCUCAUUCACUACGGAGAUUGGAAAUGUGGAGGCAGAUGGUCAUCCCCUCACUUUUAUUUUACCUGAGCUCUACUAUUUAUAUGACGCUGACAAUAUCACUCAAACACAUGAAAUGACACAAUAUGAGGAAUUAAUUGUUGGAGCAUCUUUUGUUUUCCUUAAAUCUGAAGGUCUCACAGCCGUUGACCUUAUUGAUGAAAAUAUGGAGUGUAAUUACAUGCCGUAUUAUACACAAACCGGAAAAGCGCCUGAGUUUACUGUACGACUUAACUUGGUAUCCUAUGUGGCAAACUACUUUGCUGGACGGUUGAAUAUUCCUGCAGGGACAUACGCCCUAUGUAUGCAAGUUUCGGUAGGACUCUUUCGUGUUACAACUCGUACAGGGGGUGGAAAACUCACUGUUGCGGCGGCAAACCCUGUAAGGUAUACUGCAAAUCCUGCUUUACCGUCUCCUAAUCAACAAUUUGAUUUGCGUUUUUACUUGAAUGGUGAG